UACAAAUGUUAUUCCUGUAUUGCAGGCGAAGUUGUCUUUGAGGGUUUUGUUUUUAAUAACUAAAAUUUCCAGCAGUUGAUCAUACCAAUAAAUGCUGAUUGAUGUUGAUGGAUUUAACAAUAUGAGAAUUAAGCUUGAGGUACCAGAAACCUUUGAAGAUGUUGCUGUUGACUUUUCAAGUGAAGAGUGGAAGAUGCUGAGCAAUGAGGAGAAACAGCUACACCGAGAGAUGAUGGUGCAGAACUUUGAGCACAUGGUGUCUGUAGGGUAUAACAUUCCAAUGGAACAGCUUUUGCUGCUGAUUGAGAAGCCUGAUGGACUUUCAUGUGACGUUAUGGAAAAAAAUAUAAUAGUAGAUUAUAAUGACCUUCCAAAAGUCCACCAAAACUUCAAACAUCUAGUCAAAAAGCAAAUGUCGCUGAUUGAAAGACCUACUAAUCCUCCAUGUAAAGUUAUUGAAGAAGACAUAAUAACUCUUCGGACAGAUCUUCCUGAAGUCCAUCAAACCAUUUGCAGGUGUGCAGAGAGUGCAAUUCAAAGUCUGACAUCAGUAUCAGAUAAUCUUAUGAAUGCAGAAUCUACGAAAAACUUCACAGAUAAUGUAGUUACAGGAAUUGAAGAUACUCCUACAAGAAACCUGCUCCAUAAAUUUGCUCAAUAUGACCAGAGUGUUGUCCUGGAGAAUAAGCUAAAACCUUAUUUGCAAAAUCAUGUAGUAAAAACUUUAUACAGGUAUGGUAAAUGUAGAAAGAGGUUCACAUUUCCAUUUGCCUACAAAGCAUUGUGUCAUACCAAAACCAGGAAAGGAAUUAGGAAUGUGUUUUAUCCUCAUCACAGCAUUAACAGUUCACAAACAAGAACAUUUAGAGGAAUUAAUAAAAGGGAAAUAUAUAAAGAUAGUCUGAAGACACGCCUGAAAACUUUUACUAGAGGGAAGCCCUGUGCAAAGAACUUCAAAGAGAAGUAUAAACGUAUGCAGUAUACAGCUAGGCACACAUGGAAGAGACAGUAUAAAUGUACAACCUGUGGGAAAAGUUUUACACAUAAGGGUCAUUUCACAGUUCAUCAAAGAUACCACAGUGGGGAGAAGCCAUUUGAAUGUGCAAUCUGUGGCAACAAUUUUACAGAUAAGAGCAAUCUUACAGCCCAUGAAAAAAUCCACACUGGAAUUAAAUCUUUUAAAUGUAACUUGUGUGGCAAGAGUUUUACACAGAACAGAUACCUGUCAGUUCACAAGAAAGCCCACAUUGCAGAGAAACCAUAUAAAUGUACUAUAUGUGGAAAGAGCUUCAAGAAUAAGGAUUACUUUAUAGUCCAUAGUAAAAUCCACACUGGGGAGAAACAAUAUAAAUGUGCCAUAUGUGACAAGAACUUUACAGUGAGGGGCAGUCUUACACUCCAUGAAAAAAUCCAUGCUGGAAUUAAAUCCUACAAAUGUGCUAUAUGUGGCAAGAGUUUUACACAGAAAGGUCAGUUCACAAUCCAUGAGAGAAGCCAUAGUGGAGACAAGCCAUUUAAAUGUCUCACUUGUGGCAAGAAUUUUACUUCGAAGCACACACUAACAGUUCAUGAGAAAAUCCACACUGGAAAUAAAUCAUAUAAAUGUAUUAUAUGUGGCAAGAGUUUUACACAACACAGUCAACUAUCAGUUCAUAAGAAAAUCCACAGUGGAAUUAAAGCCUAUAAAUGUGGUGUAUGUGGCAAGAGUUUUACUACAAAGUAUAGCCUUACAGUCCAUGAUAAUACCCACAGUGGGAAUAAAUCCUAUACAUGUGGCAUAUGUGGCAAAAUGUUUGCACAGAAAAGUCAACUUACAAUCCACAAAAGAAACCACAGUGGAGAGAAGCCAUAUAAAUGUGACACAUGUGGUAAGAAUUUUACAUCAAAACACAGCCUUACAGUUCAUGAGAGAAUCCAUAGUGGAAUUAAAGCCCAUGAAUGUUCCACAUGUAGCAAGAGUUUUACUAUGAAGUGCAAUCUUACAGUCCAUGAAAAAAUACACAGUGGAAUUAAAUCCUAUAAAUGUGCCGUGUGUGGCAAGAGUUUUAUACAGAAGGGUCACCUUACAGUCCAUGAGAAAACCCAUAUUGGAAAGAUUGAAACAGUUCUGAUUUCAUGAAAUAUACAUUUAUUGCAUUCCAUUCCUGAGUGUUUUACAAUAGUGGCUGAGCGUAAGAAAGGCAUAAUAAUUUGGUAAGAGUGUUGCAGUGGGGAUUGUACAAUAUAGAAGUAGCUGAAAAGCACUAGAAACAUGAACUAUAAAGCUUUAUCAACAAUGAUACAUUUCGGGUCAUAUAGGAAAACCCAGUGCCAACAGUUCAAAAAAAUGGAUGAAAGAAAAUCAUAUGUAGUAGUCCAAGAUAAAGCAGUAUUAGUCUUCAAAAUUACUACACCCAGCAAACAUAGUGUUUUACUUACCAAGAGACACAAUGUCAUCAGGAUUUGCAAGCAGAAGUUAGAGCAAUGUGGAAGAAAACUACCUAGACAGUUCCAAUAGUAGUAGGAACAAAAGAACUAAUAAAAAUGUACUUUUUAACUUAAAUUUGGUACCAAUACAUGCAACCACAUAUGAAAUGAAGAAGGAAUGUCUAGGUACAUUGAAAUGCUUAGAAGAGCACUCUUGGCUAACAUCAAAGACUGAAUCAAUACUAAUUUCAUAAACUUCAAUUAUGCUCUGACUUAGGAAAGGGGUACACUGACAUCAAGGUAUGUAAAAAAUAUAAACGUUUAGAGAAAUUUAACAAAAAGAUUAAAGUAAUACUGAUUUCAUGAAAGAUAACUAUGACCCAACUUAGAAGUUGGUUCCAUUCCUGGUGUACCUUUAAUAAAAGACAAACAUGCUGGCAAUUUAAAAGCAGAAGUCAUAUAAAUUUUCAGCUUGUGGCAAGAGUUGUACAGUGAAGCACAGCUUUGCCAUCGACUGCGGGUGUGGCAGACUUUGCAAAAAAGAGACUGAUAUAAAAUUGUAAUGUGUUGAAAAAGCAAGUGGUUAAAAAGGCAGCAACUUGAAACUAAAGUGACUGACAAGCUGAGAAGUCAAGGUUUCAGUGUAGUCCUUCAAAUAAAGAUGAAAAAAUUAUUAAAUACUCAAGGCAUGACUGGAGUGAGUCAAACAAGAUAGUAUUAAUAGAGAUGAGCCUCAAAACAAAAUUUCAAAACCUUUACCAGGAGAAUUUGUUGAAAAACCAGUUAGGUUUAUGUAAAAAGGUAAAGAGCAGGAAACCAGUCAGAAAAGGUCUCCACUGUGAACAGAAUACUGUAAGCACACUUUUUAACUUAACAGAAAUGAAUAGAUAUGUUAAUUUACAUUACAGAAGAAAACUACAAAGAUAUACAAAACACAAUGUUGGAAGAUGAAUACCAUAACUGGAACUGUUAAGAAAAAUUACAGUAAUGUAACACACUGGUUAAGAUCAUCACCUUUUAGACACAAGGUGCAGGGUUUGAGUCUUAGCUUAGGUAAUUAAAAUGGCCCUUCAAACCAGCUAGCCUAGUACUUAAGAACUACUAUGUUGUCACCCCCCCCCAAAAAAAAGUUAUUUUUCUUUUAUACUUUCUUUGUAUUUUGAUAAAGCUGUAUUGCCCAGUUGACCAGUGGGCUUUUGAUCAUAUUUUUUCUUACACAGAAAUUUGUAGUACUAGUGUUUGGUGCUGUAAUGUAAGAAUCAAAAUAGAAUACAGUUACUCACAACAGGAUGUGCUAUUAGUAUCAGAGGGUCUGUGUACAGAAAUGGACAUUAAUGGGGCAAGAUUGCUGCGCUGAAAUAAAUGUUGCAAUGUGUAGGUAACUGAGAAGCAGUGGAAACAUGAACCACAAGGAUUUACUGAAAAUGAAGAGAUAAGGUCUGCAUGGGAUUAUGCAGUACCAACUGCUAUGUGUGCAGAAACAAGAAAUUGUGUAAUUGAGGAAAAUAGGAGAGAAGUAGCCUUAAUUAUUGAAAUAGCGAUGUGCAGUGACUUCUAAUGCAUAUUAAGAGUCAAAACCUAUGAAAGUAUCUAGAUGUGCAGACACUAGAGCAAUGUGGGACAAAAAUAUCCAUCUAGGUCCAGCAGUAUGGCCAGACUUAGGAACGGAGUCUGUUCCUGCCACAGAAUUCAAAAUUCUAAAUGUUUCAAGAAAUGUAAGGAAAGGAUCAUUCUUUAUAAUAGCAGUCACACCUUUAUAAAAUGUUAAGCUGUAUGAGCAUAAGUUAGAGCAACAUAAAACAAUGCUCAGUUUCAGUAAUAGUGGGACAAAUCGGGAUAACAAAAAAUAAUUUGCAAUCAUAUUUAUAUAUACAGUAAAUACAUGUGCUCUUCCUAUUUAUUACAGAGGGAGUAGAUUGUGGGUACUGAGGAAAGUGUUCAUUGCAGACAUCAAAGAUUGGCACAGUACUUAUGAAAUUAACUGUGUCUUGACACUAAAACAGAAUGUAUUCCCACUGUGUCAUUGAAAAAGCUGUAAACAUCAAAAAGAAUUAUGAAGCCAAGUAAGUAUGGCCAAAUUUUGUAAAGAACAGUUUUACAUUUCAUGAAGAAAAAGAUCUCACAGUGUUCUGCACUAAAGGAUGAUAUUUAUAUACAAGUUUGAGUAAGUUUAUUGCAGCUGAAUUCAUCAGUCUCAGGUGGGUACCCUCAUAUAGUGGACCCUAUUGUGUAUAGAAUCUGAAAUGACACUUACCUUUCUGUGAGACAUGAAAAACAUGUAUGAUAAUGUAACACAAAAAAAUGGAGACUGGCUGCACAGUUCCUAGGAUUAAAACAUACCCAUACCUGGCAUAGGCCCUGGAGCCAGGGCAUAAAAAGGUAGCAGUGAAUAUGUUUAUAGUUAAGUGCUAUGCCAGCUGCCCUUGCAGGCAAAUAUAAUCUAAAGACCGACCGCAGUUGAACAAGAUUGAGCCAUGUGUCAGUACACCCCUGGGGAGAUGGGAAAAAUAAUCUGACAAUCAGGAAGCUUAGAGACAGUAAAGUGGACAUUUAGGGAUAAAAAAUUGCUUUGUAUUUGGUACAUGACAAACCCAGAAAUUCCAUGAAGACUAUGCACAGCAAGUGUCACAAAUACAUUUAAAAGAGAGAAAUGCUGCAUCAAAAAAAAAAAAAAACUAUCUGAAGCUAUAGUUAAAAAUGUAAUAUAAUUAAUAAAAAAUAAACACAAAACAAUAUCAAGACAAAUAAAUACUGGUUCAUCUGAAAAAAAUGUGUGAGCAAGAAAGUGUUGCAAGGGAAAGAACUCCAAAGUACAAAAAUAAGAAGCGUGUAAAUGGGAAAACAAAAAGAAACUUAAAGGUAAAGCAUAUAUUAAAAAAAGGAAAUAUGUAACCAAUAUGACCAUUGAAACUUCAAAGAUAUUUGAAUAUGUAUACAAAGGAGGGCACUCAUACAUACCUAAUUUUAUAAAGAAGGGAAUAACAACACAAAACUUAAAUAUAUUUAAAAGCAAACAGUUCCUUAGUCUGGCAGUUAGUGCAGAGAACUAAAACUCAUAGUGAUUAAUGGACUGCUUCCUUUACCCCAGGGUACAGGGUUUGAGUCUUUCUACCUUGAUUUGCCUACUGUUUGACUCCAUCCAGACUUUAACCAGACAGUGAUCCUGGAUUCCCUAUGAAAAGAGAUUAUUUGUCCAUUGGUCUUACACAGUUACCACAGCACAAGUUCAAACCAAGAAACAGUUGUAGCUUGUAAAAACUUUAAUAAAACUUACAAAUGUGCAGAGUGCAUGCAGCUCAUGUGUAUAUAUACUUAUAAAUGUUGCAUGGGUAAUUUGUAUGUUUUAGGAAGUUAUAUAAUUGUUACAUGAUGAAAGAGUUUUAAUUUUUCAGAUUUUAUUGGCUAUGAAUGUCAUGUGAUCACUGUCAUUUGAUAUAGAAAUAGCUGUUAGAACACAUAUGUCUUUGCACUGAAGAAGGGCUGUACCCAAAAACUGUUUGCUCUGCACAUUUGUACGUUUUAUUCAAGUUUUUACAAGCUAUAAGCAUUUCUUGGUUUGAACUUUUGCUGUGGUUUGUGGAAUUAAUAUCAGACCCCGUUUAUUGCGGGAACAUGUCCUUUUGCUUGCUUAUACAGUCACCAAACAGAUUUUAAAAAGUUUAUAUUGAUACUGAGGUGAUAAACCAGCUUUGAGUCACAAGUUUCAAUGUGAAGCCUUGUAUACAGAAAAGUUUUCAACAUAAUAAUUCAGUAUAUGCUCAAGAAAUGGCACAAACAAAGCAGGACAGUUUUACUGAAGAUAUGCCACAAAUCACAAUUUCAGAACCUCCUUCAGGAAAACUAGUUGAAAACUUAGCAUUAUGCACGUGGGUAAACAGCAGGAAACAGACAUCAAGUAAAUUAAUUCUCAGCCAAGAACACAGUAUUUUUUUUGGGGGGGGGUCUGUUUUUUGACGAAACUGUAUUGUCAUAUUGAUUUAUGUAGUUUUGGCCAUAUUGUUUCUGUACAGAGCUAUUAGAGAUACUAGAUUUUGAUGCUUUGACAUGAAUCUCAGAAUAAGAAAUUUGCGUUUUUUGGUUAUGAUUUUCUUAUGGACAAGGACCUAUAUACUGAAGCACACACACUUGGUGUAUACAUUCUUUUAGCCAAGAGAAAGACACUAUUUGAAGUGUAUAACAGUGUUAGAAGAUUUAUAAAACAGAUGAACACAGUAAAUUAAACAGUUAAAAGAGAUCCAUAUGAUGUAUUCUGACAGAAUUACAAUACUGUGCAACUAAACACAGUAAAAGGCAAACUGCUGUGUGGAGAUAUAUAUAAUGGCAAAGGAAAGUAACACAGAGGAAGCACUAUGAAAAUGUUAGAAAAACACGUAAAACAAGAAAAUAGAUAUGUCACUGCUAGAAAAAGGUACAAGAUCACUGAAGAUUAUUUUUUUUAAUUGAUUUUUCAAUAACAAUCAUUUGAACAACAAAAUAUGAUUAAACUAUGUACAAAUUUUACAAAGGCCUCAAGCAGUGUAUAAGGAAAAAAAAAGAAGGAAAAUAAAGAGUACAACAAGUUAUAUAAACUGUAAAGUAGGGUACAAUAUUCAUUCAUUCAUACUUUCAAUAUGACUAAUUAGAUGAAAACAUAUCUGAAUUCAAUGACUGAAUAAGAGAUAUAACUUUUGUCCAAGGGUUUUUAGUCCAUUUUCUUGGGUAUAUUCUUGAUUCUUUAGCUUUUAUUUCCAUUGACACUACUUCAACCAAAAGAGUCUUGUAAAGUUGGAAUGAAGGAUGACUUCCAUCUUCUUGUAAUACAUUUUUUGGCUACUGCUAGAAUUGUCCAAAGACGAUAUUUAUUUUUGUUAUUCAAUACAAUAGAUUCAUUUACAUUCAAAAGAAUUAAAAGUUUUGAUAAUAUAAAGGAAUCAGUAAAGAUGGCUUGGGGAAAAUUUUCAAUAUCAUUCCAAAAUUUCUUAAUGUUAGAACAAUCAUAAAAGAUGUGAGACCAAUCGGCCUUACAUUCCAAAGAGCAUCUCCAACAUAUCACCUGUUCAGAGGAGUUAAAUUUAGCAAUUUUAUUAGGAGUGUAAAAACCUCUAUGCCAACAUUUCCAGGAAAAAAUCUCCCAUAUUUGUAAAUUAGAGGUUAAUUUAAGAGAGUGUAAAAUUUUUGAUAUAUUCAUAGGAGACAGGGACAGUGUACAAUCUCUAGUAACAAAAUCCCAAAAAUUCUGAUUAGGAGUAGUUUUAUAAGUAAUAAUUUUAUAAAUAUUUGAGAUUUUUUCCAAUUAAGUUCACCAUGCAGUGUUUCAUGCAUAAGAAUUAUAAAUUUGGGCAAUGAGCUAUAGGAAGAACUCUGUAUUGUUCUGCACAAAUCUUGAGUGAAUGGAAAUAGACCAUUGAGAAGUAGCCAGUCUGAUGAUGGUAGAUCAUACUCUUUGAUCAAAUUUUGAGCAUCUAGUGCAACUCGGUUCUUUGUGCAAUGAUACCAGCAUGUACAUUUUUUUUUCUUUCCCAGUAGCUGAGUGUAUCUAAGCUAAUAUUAUCAAAAAAGUUUUUUUGUAGUUUUAAAGGGGAAUAGAAGCUGGAUCCAUAGUUUAAUGUCAAUAUUGUUAUUUACUGAACUUCUAAAUGUCUUAUAGAUAUGAUUUAAAUAAUCUAGAUUAGUAAAUUUAAUAGUAUUAUGUAUAUUGAUACUGAGUACAUACCAAAGUUUGUUAGUUAAUUUGGUUAAUUGUAAUUUUUUUAUUAGUUUAUUUUCAUUUAAGAUAAUAUUUGUAUGUAACAAUUUCCAAGCUGAAGAAUAUUUUGGGUCUAUCCAAUUUAAUAUUGUUUUGAGGUUAGAAGCUUUAAUGUAGGAUUCUAAAUCUGGGAAAUUUAUUCCUGCAAGUUCCCAUGGGCUAAUAUGAUUAGUUAGAGCUAUCCUAUGCUUUUUAGGGUACCAUCAAAAUUUUAAUAGAGUUUUAUUUCUUUUAAAAUAUUUUUGCUGGGUAAUAUAGAGAUAGAAAGAGCUAUGUAAUUUAUUUUUGGCAAUAAGAUCAUUUUAAUUAAUUGUAAUCUGUCUUCAAAUUUUAGAUGUAAUUUAUUCCAUUCCUCUGUGAAAAUUUUUAAUGUGUUUAUAAUGUUUUUAUAGUUUGUGUUUAAAGUUAGGUCAAUAUUUUCGCAUAGGUCAAUCCCUAGGUACUUCAGUGAAGAAACCUGCUUCCCAAUUAUUUCAUUAGUAGCCAAAUUAGUAUUAUCAUUAAGAUUUUUUUUAUUUAGAAGCAUGUGGUUAGAUUUAGAUCUACUGAUUUUUAGGCCAGAAAUAUAAUAAAAUGUUUGACUAGUAAAUCUAAUUCCUGUAAGGAUUCUUCAGAGUUUAUUAAAGUAAGUAAGAUAUCAUCUGCAGAUAACAUUAUUUUGGAAUUAAAAUUAUUAUUUAUAUUUAGGCCUAUAAUUUUAGGAUCAGAUUGAAUUUCCAAAGAAAGGGGUUCUGUUGCUAAAAUGAGUAGAAUCGGAGACAUUGGGCAUCCCUGUUUAGUACCUUUAGUAAUUUUGAUAGGUUCUGACAUAAAUGGACCUAAUUUUACAUAUGCUAAAUUGUUAUAAUAAACAUUUUUUAUAAAAGUAAUAAAUUGAGUAGGGAAUUUGUAUGAUUUAAGAAUUUUAAAAAGAUAUUUCCAGUUUAAUGAAUCAAAGGCCUCAAUAUCAAGAGUGAUUAUAGCAACCUCUUGAUUAUCCCUAUUUAAGAUAUCUAUGGUAGUUAUAAUUCUUUGAUUAUCUUGAGUAUGUCUAUUAUAAAUAAAUCCCAUUUGAUCUUCUGAGAUGAGAUGGGUUAACGAUUUCUUAAAUCUGUUAACUAGAAUAGACAUUCAUAAUUUAUAGUUAUUAUUAAUCAGAGAAAUUGGCCUAUAUGAUUUGCACAUAUGAGAAUCUUUAUUUUCUUUUAGUAUGGGAGUAAUUAAAUGAGUAUUUCCACAAGGGUGGAAUUAUACCUUGUAAAUAAGAUUCAUUCAGGGCUUUGUGUAAGAGUGAGAUAGUGGAGUAUGGUAAAAGCUUAUAUAUUUCAUUAAUAAUACCAUCUAUGCCCGGUGAUUUAUUGUUUUUGCUUUCUUUAAUUUUUUCAUUAAAUUUCCUUUACAGAGAUUUGUUUCUGAAUCUCAUUAAUCAAACUCUCUGGUAGACUUUUAAAUUCUGGGAAGUCUAGACUGUGGCCUAUGAAUUCAUGUUGAGAGUCAUUGUUUUUGUAUUGUUCCGAAAAGUGAUACUUAAAGGCAUCUAAGAUAUCACUAAUAUCAAUAACUUUUUUAUUAUUUCUCCCUUCAUGGAGUACAUUUACAAUGUUGUUUUCAAUGGAGUUUCUUUUCACUCUCAGUGGUAGAUUACACAUAUAUUUUGGAGAUAUAGAGAGAUAAUUUAGUUUUAAUUUUUCUAGGGCCAAUUUGGUUUUAUGAGUUAAAAUGUCAUUAUAUAUUUUUUAAGGAUUCAAUUUCCUUUUUCUUGUGUGAAGUGAUUUAAGUAUUAUCUUUAUUAAUUAAUACAAUUUGUUUUUGUAUAUUAGAUGUUCAGACUCUCAUUCCUUCAUUUUAUUAUUAAACCAUGCAAUAAUUUUGCCAUAUAGAUGAGCUUUUAACAAAUCCCAAAGAAUUACUACAUUUACUUCACUGGUUAGAUUUGUAUCUAAGAAAAAAUCUCUCUCUAUCAAGCCAAGGUUCAAACUGUUUCAAUUUAGUAAUAUAAGCUGGUAUUCUUUUUUUAAAAUCUGUUUGAAUAUUAAAAAUAAGUGCAUUGUGAUCAGACAUAGAGUAUGGGACUAUUGCAAAGUGUGAUAUUUUUGUUUUUAGGUCUUGGGAUAUAAAUAUUUUAUCAGUUCUGGUUUGAGUCCUGUAUCUAAAAUCACAGUGGGAAAAUUCUAAUGAAUUAUCAUUUCUGAGAUAAAAUAAAUCAUAUAGCUGUAAGUUAUCCGUCCAUUUUUUGAGAGUUUUCCCUAUAGGAGUAAUAUGAAAAGGUCUCUUGUUAGUAGUUUCUGAGUCAUUUAGUAAACAGUUGAAAUCACCCCCUAAAAUCAGGCCACCCUUAAAAUUGUUAGUGAUGAGUUCUAAGUGUUUUUUAUUGUUGUUAGCCCAAUUCCCGGGAACCAAUAGGCAUUGACCAGUGUUCAAAUUCUGUUUCUAAAUUUUAUUAUUGUCAGAAGUCCUUCUUUAUCUUCAUAAUUAUAUAAGAUCUGAGGGGAGAUAACCCUUUUCUUCCAUAAUGUUAGAACACCUCUAUUUUUUUUAGUGUAUGAGGAGUUGGAUAAUCUUAGGUAUUCAUUUGGGUUCCAGCUAAAGCUAUCAUUUAUUUUGAAAUGGGUUUCUUGUAAAAAUAUUACUUGUGCUUUAUUUAAUUUCAAGUAUUUUAAUAGGUUGAAUCUUUUCCCUGGACUAUUUAAACCAUUAACGUUUAAGGAAAGAAAAGUCAAGUCCAUCUUUUUUGUUUAAAAGUUUAGUGUGUUAGUAAAAUGUGAUAGCAAACAAUCAUGAUAUUUAAAACUUGCUUACCCUUCUUGGAAAGAAUUUAUAUUUUGAUGACAAGUUGUUGAUUCCCAAUAUAAAAUAUAAUUUAAUAACAGUAUGGGGCCUAAAAAAAAAACAUUUAAAACUAAACUUUUGAUAAACAGUAAAUCCAUUAACUGACAUGGAAUGUAGAACAUUCCUAAUCUGACAGAAUAAAAAUAUCCAAUCAGAUUAAUCAUCACUUCCAGAAUUUUGAAACAAGUUUGCCCAACUUGAGGCUGCAGAGCAUGUGUUAUAUGAAAGUCUAUAUAUUAAUUGAUAUGACAGAACAACAAUAUAUUAGUAUAAUAUACAGUUUGAUUAUAAACAGUGCAACUAAAUUUCACUAAUAAACUUUUGUUCAAUUGUAGUAUAUAUAUAUAUAUAUAUUCACUUCUAUAUGAAUAAUUAUAGGAUCAGAUAAAUAAUAUUUUGAUAACGAUCAUGUAUAAGUAGAAUUAUCUAUUAAAGGGCUCAAAGAACAUCUGAUUACAAAAAUAAUUCCAUUAAUUUAAAGAUGGAUAAACAAUAACAGGGUUAACCAGAAUGAUUCAAUAAAUUAGUAGAUCAGCAUUCAAGUAUUUAUAGUAGAAGAUAUAUGUAAUUAAUUACUAAAGCAUUUCCCCUACUAUGAGGUAUUAUAUGAUUGAUACUCCCCUAUAUAGUAAUUUCCCAUAUUUCCCUACUGCUAUCAGCUAGUAACAGUAUUACAAUAGCAUAAUCAUGAGCAAAGACAUAUAUUGUACAUUUACAAAUGGUGAUGGUUAUAGGAGGAGGUACUGCUCAAGCAAUUCCUAUCUAUCUCAAACUCAGUAAGUUUAGAUAACCAUGGAGAGACUCCAACAUUAAUUAAUAAACAUCAAUUUGCUUUCUAACAAAUUAUGUGUAGGUAUAUAUCUGGUUAGGCACAGAGAAAUCUGUACUUCCAUAAAGUUUAAAUAUCACAUCUUCUAUUGCAGCAAGUUUCACUACUGUCUAGAGUUUAUAUAUAUAUAUAUAUAUAUAUAUAUAUACACACGUGUGUGUAUAUAUAUAUAUAUAUAUA